CGGUCUCGCCGUCGCCGCGUCUACGCAACGCCUAUUACUCGCGUUGGAUAAGCACGCCGCGCCGCGCUCGUGCAAACGUCACUAAACAUGUCACCUGCCUCGUUCUCACCCUGUCACGAUUCGCAUGCAUGAAUCGAACGCUGUAACGCGACGCUCGUGUGAAAUUACGAGUUCGUGUUCGCUGGCAGCAUAAUGGAAAACCACGAGGAGGACGAUUUGGAAGAGCUGCGCUCUAGGGUUUAUACAUUCCCACAGAACGUGCAGAAUGUGAUCGAGCAGGUCUUGCCUAGUAACGAUCCAUUAGACCAAUCUAAUUUCAAUGUGGUGGACUAUAUAAACUCUUUAUUUCCUACUGAACAGUCUUUGUCGAACAUUGAUGAUGUAGUGAAUAAAAUGGAAUUUCAAAUACAUACAAUUGACAAAGAGAUACGAUCAGUGGUACGUGGCCAAACAAACGUAGGUCAGGAUGGUAGAGCAGCAUUGGAAGACGCGCAAAAGGUGAUAAGGCAGUUAUUUGUCCACAUAAAGGACAUUAAAGAUAAAGCUGAACAGUCCGAGGAAGUGGUUAAGGAAAUUACAAGAGAUAUUAAGCAAUUAGAUUUCGCUAAGAGAAAUCUUACCGCUUCAAUUACAGCUCUGAAUCAUUUGCACAUGCUUGUGGAAGGAGUAGACACUUUAAAAGUAUUAACGCAAAAAAAACUAUACGGAGAUAUUAUCAUGCCACUGCAAGCAGUAAUGGAAGUGAUGCAACAUUUUCACAAUUACAUGGACAUACCACAGGUGAAGAUGUUAUCUGAUCAGGUACGUCAAAUUCAUGUGGAGUUGGCCCAGCAGAUUACAGCGGAUUUCAAACAGGCUUUCUCAGGCCAGAAUCCAAAGCACUUUAAUCAAUUAACAGAAGGCUGCUUAGUGUUAUCAGCAUUAGAUCCUAAAGUGAAGAAGGAUUUGCUCGUCUGGUUUGUAAAUAUUCAAUUGCAAGAAUACGCACAUCUGUUCGAUGAGAAUCAAGACUUCGCGUGGUUGGACAAGAUAGAUCGGAGAUACGCGUGGAUUAAGAAACACUUGCUGGACUUCGAGUCGAAGUUCGGCACUAUUUUUCCCCAAGAUUGGGAGGUCUCCGAGCGAAUAGCGGUGCAAUUCUGCCAUGUUACGCGCGAGGACCUCGCUAAACUGAUGAACAAGAGGCGUGGUGAAAUAGACGUUAAGUUAUUGCUUUACGCGAUUCAGAGGACCAGUAAUUUUGAGUCGUUGUUGGCGAAACGUUUUGUCGGCAGUACUUUGGAGACUACCGAUGCUAAGAGUGCGACGAUCAGUAAUGACACGACCGACAAAGUCCCGGGAAAUCCUUUCGAAGAAAAUGAACAGGUUGAAGAUGAAAAGCCGAAGCCGUCUCCGUUUGCGAAUCUUAUAGGGAAGUGUUUCGAGCCAUACCUAAAUAUUUAUAUAGAAAGUUUGGAUCGCAAUUUGGCAGAUCUGAUGGACAAGUUCGUUUCCGACGCCAAAACGCAACCGCCAGGCGCUAAAGAAUUUGACGGUAUCGAAGGCCCUAGCAGUGUUUUGAGCUCGUGCGCUGAUCUGUUUGUGUUUUACAAGAAGUGCAUGCUGCAGUGCACGCAAUUGAGCACCGGUAUUAUUAUGUUGAGUCUCGCCGAAACUUUUCAAAAAUACCUGCGAGAAUACGCACACAAAAUCUUGCAAAAUAAUUUACCCAAAAUCGCAGGUAGUGUGGGAAUCGGCACGAGUAUGAGCAACAUCACUCGUGAUUUUCGCGAUCUCUCCACGUCAGGUUUUAUCCAGAACUUUCAGAGUUUUUUGAAAGAGGGAGAAACUGCCAGACUCAACAAAGAGGAACAAUCUCGUAUAUGCUGUAUCUUAACGACAGCGGAAUAUUGUCUGGAAACGACGCAGCAAUUGGAGGAGAAGCUACGUGAAAAGACGGAUAAAUGUUACUCCGGGAAAAUUAAUUUGUCUCAGGAACAGGAUAUUUUUAACGACGUGAUAAAAAACUGUAUUCAAUCGCUGGUCCAAGAUUUAGAAACAGCUUGCGACUCUGCUUUGACUGUAAUGACCAAGGUGCAGUGGAGCUCUGUGGAAGUUGUAGGCGAUCAAAGUAAUUACGUUAAUACUAUAAUAGCGCAUCUUCGACAGACAAUACCUACUAUACGAGACAGGCUGUCUUCUUGUAGGAAAUAUUUCACGCAGCUUUGUGUUAAGUUUGCCAGCUCUUUUAUACCAAAAUUAGUACAACAGUUGUUUAAAUGCAAACCGUUGAACACUGUCGGCGCAGAACAAUUGUUAUUAGACGUUCAUAUGUUAAAAACAGCUUUGCUGGAUCUUCCAUCGACAGGUUAUCAAGUACAAAGGAAAGCACCAUUAGCGUAUGCAAAGGUUGUAAUCAAAGGAAUGGCGAAAGCUGAAAUGAUAUUAAAAAUCGUAAUGUCCCCGAUCGAAUCUCCAAGUGACUAUGUAAAACAGUGUAGAAUGCGCUUACCGGAUUUACCAUUUUCGGAAUUCCAAAAAAUUUUGGACAUGAAGGGAUUAAAAAAAACCGAACUGGUUCCAUUGCUCGAGCAAUUCAAGCAGCUUGAAAACGCGGAUGCCAUGCAUGCUGCUAAGAGUCAUAUCGCACAUGAUAGUCCCGAACAUGAAGCUGUCAGUAUCAAGAGGUUAGAAAGGCUCAUUAAGAAAAUUUGAAAAUAUAAACUCAGAAUAUUUAUAAUUGUAUAUAUCUAAAAACAAGAAAUUCUCUUUUACUUUAAAUUGAAAUAAUAUAAACUCUCUUUAUACAUAUAUAUAAUAUGCAGAAUAGAAAUAUGUGA